AUGUACUCUAAAAAUAGCGAUCCGUCCUUGAGCCAGCGCGAGUACGCAGAACUGGGUCAGGCGAAGCCUCUUGGUACUUCCACUCCCUCAUACUAUUCCUGCCCCCCCGGCGACACCUCGUUUCUACAGAAACAAAAUGCUGGUUCAUGUUUGUGCUUUGCUCUCGAUUUGGCCACGAAGGCACUGCAGAUGGCGCUCUACGUGUCGCCGGGCUUCACGAGGGCGGCAGACGCGCAUCUGCGGCUGGCUCUCAUGUUCAAGGCGAGGAGGCACUGGGGCGCGGCCGCGGUCCACUUUCGUCGGGCGAAACUCGCCCCCCAUCAGGACGCGACCUUCACGAGGCUGGAGAUGAGUUUCCACGCGGCGCAUCUGCUGGAGGCGAGAGGGCUGAAGAAGGCCGCGAGGGACGCCUACCAGAGGCUGCUCAAAGAACCGCAGCUCUCGUCCAGUCUUAAGGCGGAUGUUUGCCGCCAGCUAGGCUGGCUGUAUCACCGCUGCGCGUCAUUGGACGAGCCAGCUGCGCGCGCGCGUGCAGCUAUUUGGUGUCUGCAGCGCGCCGUCGCGGCGGAACCAGACUCCGGCGCCGGGCUAUACCUACUCGGGAGGUGCUUCGCGGCCCAAGGGAAGGUCCACGAUGCGUUCAUAGCCUAUCGGAACUCCGUUGAGAAGUCGGAGGGCAACGCGGAUACCUGGUGCUCUAUUGGAGUCCUCUAUCAGCAGCAAAAUCAGCCCAUGGACGCGCUGCAAGCGUACAUAUGCGCGGUGCAGCUGGACAAAGGCCAUUCGGCAGCAUGGACCAACCUCGGCAGCUUGUACGAGAGCUGCCAGAUGCCCCGGGACGCCUUCGCGUGUUAUAACAACGGCGGGUCCGCGGCAACAGCUUCGAACACAGCGCUGCGGCAACGGCUGGCGUUCCUGCGUGCUCAUCUUGCGCAUGCGCCGAUGCCUUCGGUAACGGGAAAACGGCGUCCGCUGCCAUCUAUCGAGGAGGCGUGGAACCUUCCCAUUUCAGCGGAGAUGUCUUCGCGUGCCCCGAAAUCCGCGCCUCCACCGUACCCCGGUAAACGGAGCGGAAGUACAAGCGGUACCGGAACCGGUUCUGAGGAUACACCCGCCCUGACGCCGCAUCAGCUGCAGACCUUGCAACACCUGCAGAGGAACUCGCACAACUUGUCUCCACACCAACAAGCCAUGAUGCAGCAGCUGCUGUCUCAAUAUCGACAAUCGCAGGCUGCGAGAGCUCGCGCGGUAACGAAAAGUGACACUAGCGCGAGCAGCGGCGACAAUGCCGAGUCGCUGGCUGAAGACCUGCUCAAGAAGUUCGCGGACACACAGUCCGAUGUCAAAAAGGAAGCAGCAACACCGGAUUCCGCGAACAGCAGCAGCGAGGCAGUAUUAGGUGGACGGCAGGCGGUCGUGAAGCUGGAGCCACUUAAGACUGAUCCCUUGAAACCGCUCACAUUUAACAUCACCAUGAAUGCCAAGCAGAUACUUGAUGCGUGCAAAGAUAACGCGGGACCUGCAUCGUCGUGGUCAGUACUAGGCGAUGGCUGCGGUCCACCGGAUCCCCCAUCUGUGCCACCUCCACGCCUCUCCCCGGAACAACUUGCCCCUCCCGCCCCAUUCGUCUACGUCGAGUCUAAGCGAGAUGCCUUCUCUCCACAACUGCAGGACUUCUGCCUUAAGCACCCCAUCGCAGUCGUCCGUGGCCUCACAGCGGCCCUCAAACUUGAUCUCGGUCUAUUUUCUACGAAGACCUUGGUCGAAGCGUGGCCAGAUCACGCGGUGGAAGUCCGCACCCAACUGAUGCAAUCUGCCGACGAGAAUUGGGACCCUAGCGGCAGACGUCGGGUGUGGGCUUGUGCGUCACACCGUUCACACACUACAGUCCGCAAGUACGCUCAGUAUCAAGCCGGGUCUUUCCAAGAUUCGUUGAGGGAGGAGCGAGAAAGGGGCGUCGCCCCACACCACACGGGAGGAACUCUCUCCGAUUCGGACGGUCGCGAAUCCGGAUCGGGACCGGUCAAACGACGUCGCGGUGCGCGAAUGCUCCGUUUCGGAACCAACGUUGACCUCUCCGAUGAAAGAAAAUGGCGGCCGCAGUUAACUGAGCUGCAAAAACUACCGGCGUUCGCGCGUGUCGCUUCAGCGGCUAAUAUGCUCUCGCACGUCGGCCACGUCAUACUCGGCAUGAACACAGUGCAGCUGUAUAUGAAAGUGCCCGGAAGCCGAACGCCCGGUCAUCAGGAGAACAACAAUUUCUGCUCUAUAAAUAUCAACAUUGGCCCGGGCGAUUGCGAAUGGUUCGGGGUGCCAGACGCCUACUGGGGAGGAGUCAAAGAGCUGUGCGAUAGGCACGGGCUCUCCUACUUGCACGGGUCAUGGUGGCCCGACCCGGAGGAGCUUCGCGCUCACGGCGUACCGGUUUACAGAUUCACUCAGAGACCUGGAGACUUGGUAUGGGUGAACGCGGGCUGUGUGCACUGGGUGCAAGCCACCGGCUGGUGCAACAAUAUCGCCUGGAACGUGGGACCCCUCACCGCGCGUCAGUACGCCCUCGCCCUGGAACGCUACGAGUGGAACAAAGUGCAAAACUUCAAGUCGAUAGUUCCUAUGGUACAUCUGACGUGGAAUUUGGCGAGGAACAUUCGAGUGUCGGACCCGAGGCUGCACAGAGCUAUGAGGACCUGCUUGAUGCAGACGCUACGCGCGGCCGCGGGCACCUUGAACGCGGUGCGCUCUCGCGGCGUGCCCAUUCGCUUCCACGGAAGGGCGAGGGGUGAGGCGUCGCACUAUUGCGGGGCGUGCGAACGGGAGGUGUGGCACGCGUUGUUGGUGCGCGAACACGAGAAACGUCACGUGGUCCACUGUCUGGCGUGCGCACGACGCGCGAGUCCAACCCUGCAAGGCUUCUUGUGUCUCGAAGAGCACCACAUGGAGGAGUUAGCGCAAGUGUACGACGCGUUCAACCUCCACCGUCCCGCGCCGCCACCGCUGCACACGCCCGCGCUGGUGUCCACUCCGGACUGA